GUUUUGUGUUAAUGGUGUGAAAAUGGAAGAAGAUAUCAACCAGGAGCUUCUUAGCAAACCAGCAAGAGCAGAAGUAACUGUAGCCGAUCAUGAAGUGUCGUUAAAGAACAAGGUUUGGGAUUCCUGGUGCAAUUUUUGUGAUAACAGCAUGCAAUUGGUAAUGAAAUCUGCAUUUGAAUUGUAAUUGUGAAUUCGGAAGUGCAGUUGGGCAUGGCAAGUGCACUGGAAACUCUCUGUGGGCAAGCAUACGGUGCCAAACAAUAUAACAUGCUUGGAGUAUAUCUUCAAAGAUCGUGGAUAGUCUUGUUCUGCACCUCAUUGUUUCUUCUUCCUCUACUUAUCUUCGCAACCCCAAUUCUUAAGAUUUUAGGCCAAGAUGAGAACAUAGCAGAUAUUGGAGGGGACAUUGGUCACUGGUUCAUUGCCGUGCUAUUUUCCUUGAUUCCAAGUUUUACAUGUCAAAUGUUCCUACAAGCACAGAGCAAAAACGUGAUCAUAACUUACUUGGCAGCAUUUUCAAUUGCAAUCCACCUCCUCCUCUCAUGGCUUUUAACUGUGAAGUAUAAGUUUGGGAUUCCCGGUGCAAUGUUCUCCACUGUGUUGGCAUAUUGGAUUCCAAAUAUCGGUCAGCUUGCAUUUGUUAUCUGUGGAGGAUGUCGGCAAACAUGGAAAGGUUUCUCAUCACUCGCUUUCAAGGAGCUUUGGCCUGUUAUCAAGCUUUCUGUGUCAUCUGGUGUUAUGCUCUGUCUCGAGAUCUGCUGCAAUACAGGGUUGGUUAUUCUAGCAAGAUUCAUGAAAAAUGCUGAGGUCUCCAUUGAUGCUCUAUCUAUAUGCAUUAACAUCAAUGGAUUAGAAAUGAUGAUAUCUCUCGAAUUCUUGGCUGCAGCAAGUGUUCGGGUAUCAAAUGAAUUGGGAAGAGGGGAUUCAAAAGCGGCAAAGUUCUCAAUUGUGCAUACAGUGCUGACUUCAUUUGUCAUUGGAUUUGCCCUUUUUCUAGUUUUUCUCUUUGUGAGAGGACGUAUUGCUUACAUAUUCACCGACAGUCAGGAGGUUGUUGAAGCAGUUGCAAGCUUGUCACCCUUGCUGGCUGUAUCGAUACUAUUGAACAGUAUUCAACCUGUGCUCCCUGGAGUUGCUGUUGGAGCUGGGUGGCAGAGCACAGUAGCAUAUGUUAACAUAGCCUGCUAUUAUCUUGUUGGAAUUCCUGUUGGUGCUGUUCUUGGAUAUCUUUUUAAUAUGGGAAUCACGGGUGUUUGGGUUGGAAUGUUGUUUGGAACAAUUGUUCAGACUCUUGUACCCGUUGUUAUCACUUAUAGAACUGACUGGGACGAACAGGUAAUUUUGGCACAUAAAAGGGUUAAAAGGUGGGGAGCAGAAGAUGCUAAAGAAGGAAAACCUGCUGCAUCAGAUGUCUAGUUUUAGCUUUCCCAUUCAUCUUACAUCAUAUGAAAAUCUUAAAAAAAAAUGAAAUCUGAAGUUAUUUUCUUUCUCAGACACCUUUUGUUGUUGAUUGUUGAGACUGAAUUAUGUUUCUGUGAAGAUGUAAGUUGAUGUAUUGAAAGAACUAAUUUUAAUUUA